CUGUGGUCCGUGUGGUCGCUGCAGUUCACGGUCGGUAGUUCCGGUUCUGUCAGAAGCGACAGUCGUGACGUGUGUUGGAAAUGUCUGAAGAGAGUGAAUCUGUGUUCAGCGUCGUCCCUGAUGAUGAGGAAUCAGGAGAAAAGUUCAAGAAAAGUGACCAGGUUGCUUUUUACAGGCGACAAAUGCAGGGUCCGAACCUGCAGCACCGAGCCCUGCUGGACACCAUGGUGCUCACAGAGAAGGGGGCACGAUUUGAACUACUGGAGGCCAACACACAGACCAGACUGAUUCUGUUGGUGUCGCCCUGCAAAAAUGACACUGUCAGGAUUUUGAUCGACGAACUCCAGCCCAUUAAAGCACGUUACCGAGUUCAGGAUGUGACAACUGGGGAACCACAGUGUGAACAGUUGCGAGUGAAGAGACAGACGAAGGGCUGCGUUACACUGACUUGGUCGUCAGGACGUCAUCAGGCUCGCGUGUGGCGGUUUCCCUUCUAUCUGGAGAUCCUGUGUGAAGAGGAAGUGAUGGUCACAUUCAACUCUAGAGGAAAACUGUGGUUCGAGACGCUGCAGGACCGACCCAGUGAGCUUCAAGAGGACGACUCGAGUUCAUUGUGGAAAGAGACUUUCAAGCAGUUUGUGGAUAUCAAAGCUAAUGGCCCGAGCAGCAUUGGGGCGGACUUCUGUCUUCAUGGGUUCAGUCACGUGUACGGUCUUCCAGAACAUGCCGACAGCCUGAAGCUCCGAGACACCAGAGAUGAUGAACCUUAUCGCCUCUAUAACCUGGACGUCUUCGCCUAUGACCUGUACAGUCGCUUUGGCCUGUAUGGGUCUGUGCCACUGUUGGUGGCCCACAAGCUGGACAGGACCCUGGGUGUAUUUUGGCUAAAUGCAUCUGAGACGUUUGUGAACAUACGUUACAGCCCCAGUGACCAGCAGGAUGAACAGGUGCCCCUGAUACAGAGGAGGUGGAGGGAGCCGCAGACUGACGUCCACUGGCUGUCAGAGAGCGGUGUGAUGGACUGUGUGCUUCUGCUCGGGCCCAGUCCCCAGCAGCUCUUCAGCCAGUACGCUCAGCUGACAGGGUAUCCAGCGCUGCCCCCUCUGUUUGCCCUGGGGUACCACCAGAGCCGCUGGAACUAUAAGGAUGAAGCUGAUGUGAGGGAGGUAGACGCUGGAUUUGAUCUCCACGACAUCCCCUGUGAUGCCAUGUGGCUGGACAUUGAACACACGGACGGGAAGCGUUACUUCACCUGGGACCCCGUUUGUUUUCCUGACCCUGCCGGCCUGCAGCUCCACCUGGAGGAGAAGAAUAGGAAGCUGGUGGUUAUAAGUGAUCCCCACUUCAAAGCCGAUCCUGACUGGUCCCUGUACCAAGAGGCCAGAGACGGUGGACAUUUUGUCAAGGACAGAGAGGGAGAGCUCUUUCUGGGCUCAUGCUGGCCCGGUGAGUCCUGUUACCUUGACUUCAGCCGCCCUGCCACUCGAGCAUGGUACUCCAGAUGCCUCACCCUGGAUAAGUACAAAGUCCAGGCGGCUGCUGGACGUUCUGACGAGACACCCACGGAGACUCCUGUUCCAGUAAGACCGGGUGAUUGGGGAUCAACGCCGUCGUUAUUUCUGUGGAAUGAUAUGAACGAACCGUCUGUGUUCGGUGGGCCGGAGCAGACCAUGCCAAAGGACGCGGUGCAUUAUGGGGGCUGGGAACAUCGGGAACUGCACAACCUGUAUGGUUUUUACCAGCACAAGGCCACAGUGGAAGGUCUGAUGACUCGCUCCGGGGGCUCAGAGAGGCCUUUCGUCCUGACACGCUCCUUCUUCGCCGGGUCACAGAGACUUGGUGCGGUGUGGACAGGGGAUAACGUUGCCACUUGGGAGUAUCUGAAGAUCUCAAUCCCAAUGCUGCUGUCUCUCAGUGUGACAGGCGUAGGUUUUUGCGGAGCUGAUGUUGGUGGGUUUUUCAAGGACCCAGAUCCCGAGUUGCUGGUGCGUUGGUACCAGGCCGCCGCCCUGCAGCCGUUUUUCCGUGGUCACUCUGCCUGUGUGGCAAAGCGUCGGGAGCCUUGGCUGUUUGGAGAGGAGGUCACCGCUGCGAUCCGCACGGUGAUCCAACAGAGGUAUCAGCUGCUGCCCUACUGGUACACUCUGUUCCACCAGGCUCACACCUCUGGUCUGCCUCCGAUCAGGCCUCUGUGGGUGGAGUUCCCCAGAGAACAAGGCACCUUCAGUGUGGACAACCAGCAUAUGAUAGGAGGAGCCCUGCUGGCCUGUCCCGUCACCGAUCCUGGUGUUCAGGAAGUCAAAGUGCUACUUCCUGGAUCUGAUGAGAUUUGGUUUGAUGUCCAAUCUGCGAUGGCGCACGAAGGAGGAAGGACUCUGAGUCUCCCUGUCACCCUGGACACGGUUCCUGUGUUCCAGCGAGGCGGCUCGGUGGUCUGCAGGUCAGCAGGAAGCAGCUCCUGCACAGCCGAUCUCCAGCUGCUUCCGCUCUCCAUCACUGUGGCUCUGGACUCUCAGGGGGCCGCUGAUGGGGAGUUGUACCUGGACGACGGCCACUCUUUCAACUACCUCCACAGAAAGGCCUUCUGUCUGCGCAGGUUCAACAUGCUGUCAGGCCGGCUGCUCUGCCGUGCCGCCAGUGAAGAAGGAGCGUUUGACUGUGACACCGUCGUACACUCCGUCACCAUCCUGGGCUUGAAGAGCAAACCCACCGCUGUGACUGUGCACCAAUCAGGUGCCGAGGACACUUCUGCUGAGUUUCAGUUCACGGAGACCUGCUGCGAACUGACAGUGAGCAGCCUGAGCCUCAGAGUGCUGACGGACUGGGAGAUUCACAUCCUGUAGGUUCACGGUGCUCGUGUCCGUCGAGGGAGGAAGAGGAAGAAGAAGAAGACAUCAAAAUACAUGCUAACUGCCAAAUGUGACACCUGAUAGACUGCCUUGUAGGGAUAUGGUUCAAAUGUUCAGUUGGGGGUCAAAGAUGAACUGAUUUCAGUGGCCCAAGGUCAAAGGUAACAGUGACCUCACAUGAGUCUAGAAAAGAAAAAUGCGUGUCGACUGAAACUGCACCGGUUGGUGGAUGCACACAACCACAGAGCAGUAACUGUCACUUUUUUAUAAACGUUACUCCUGUUUAUUAAGAGCUGCACCUUCAAUACAACAUUGUAUUAAUUGAAUAAUUCUUUCCUAAUAUUACUAUUGGUACAUUUAAGAAAGUGAAUAAAAUUGAAGCCAUGUUGAGAAAUACGAACGAAAGGAAAACAGUAAAAUUCAUGUUUUAAAGCGAUGCAGUGAAAGUUUCCUCCGCUCAAUAAAACGAUGUGCAGCUUCAAA